AUGUGUCUGAGAUUCAGGCUGAGAAUUAGGUCGAAACUUCGGGAUUGUGACUCUAUCAAGAGGUUUUUGGUAAUGGUGGUACUACUUCAUGUUUCUGUGACAAAGCAUGUCAUACCUUUGGUGAUUGUUGCUCAGAUAUCGAUGACAUUGGCUGUUUCUAUAAAGAAAGCUCUUGUGUUGCGGCCAAUUUUACUGGUUGUUGUACGGGACCUAUUUCAUCCUGUCAUGGAGCAGGAGAUUCGUCAUCUUCUCAUCAAGGUGAUUCUAUACGUCUUGUGGGUGGGAUCCACAUCAAUGGAAGGUCGUGUGGAAAUCCAACACAAUGGCCAAUGGGGUACAGUAUGUGAUGAUCACUGGAAUGAUCGUGAUGCUACUGUCGUCUGUGAACAGCUGGGUUCAAGGGAUCACAAGGUUUUGGUACUCAAGGAGGUCAAUUUGGGCUUAGGUCAUUUGGUGUACAGAUAUGGAUGGAUGAAGUUAACUGUACUGGACAUGAACAAUUUUCUCUCUGACUGUCCUUUCAAUGGCUGGGGAAACCAUGACUGCUCACAUUUUGAAGAUGCUGGUGUUAUAUGUCAAGGUAUUGCCAUAGUAACCGUUAUAUUUAACAACUGGUCUUUCUGGUGGUCCUCCUCCUAUCCGACUUGUCGGGGUAGCACUUCACAUGAAGGAAGAGUAGAAAUAUUUUUACAAAACGAAUGGGGCACUAUCUGUGAUGACGAUUGGAGUAGCAUUGACGCUGAAGUAGUUUGUCGACAGCUGGGACUACCGGCCACAGGAAGAGUGGAAAUUGAAUAUAAUGGAGUAUGGGGCACCAUCUGUGAUGAUUAUUGGGGCAUUAAUGAUGCUACUGUCGUAUGUAAACAAUUAGGCUUUAGAGGAGCUACUAGAGCAUCAACAAAUGCUGAAUUUGGUGCCGCUUCGUCUGUUAAUGGCAGUAAUCCUAGUGAAGGUCGGGUUGAGAUAUUUUAUAACAACACCUGGGGUACUAUUAAUAUAACACAGUGUAGCUUUAUUGGAUUUGGACAACACAAUUGUCUCCAUUCAGAAGAUGCAGGUGUAAGAUGCUAUGGUGAUUAUCAGAAGAUUCGUCUUGUCAAUGGCAACAGUCCGUCUGAAGGUCGUGUCGAGGUGUACUAUAAUAGUACUUGGGGUUCUAUUUGUGAUGAUCAUUGGGAUCUUCAAGAUGCUAUGGUUGUCUGCCAUAUGCUGGAUAUGUCCGAGCCCUUGAUGCUCCUGGUUGGAAUACUUUUGCUGGAAAUGCUUCAACACGUGGGACGUAAACGUAGAGGUUAUUAUGGACCUGUGAGUAUUCGUGUUGAUGAUGAGCACAUACAACUGAUGCUAAAAGAUGAUAAUGAAGAGGAGGAAGAGAGGAAGAUGACCUUUCUAAGACUGGCAUAA